UGGGAGCGCUGGAAUAUGUCUGGCCGGGGCAAGGGCGGCAAGGGGCUCGGCAAGGGCGGCGCCAAGCGCCACCGCAAGGUGCUGCGCGACAACAUCCAGGGCAUCACCAAGCCGGCCAUUCGCCGUCUGGCUCGGCGCGGCGGUGUCAAGCGCAUCUCGGGGCUCAUCUACGAGGAGACGCGCGGCGUGCUUAAGGUGUUCCUGGAGAACGUGAUCCGCGAUGCCGUCACCUACACGGAGCACGCUAAAAGGAAGACGGUCACGGCUAUGGACGUGGUCUAUGCCCUCAAGCGCCAGGGUCGCACCCUCUACGGCUUCGGCGGCUAAACUGUUCCUUUAAAUUUAUAUUGCAUGUAACACCAAGGCUCUUUUCAGAGCCACCCACAAAUCUCAUGAUAAGAGCUGUUUUGUCACUGAUCUGUGCGUCCUUGUAUUACUAAAGGUUUUAGGAAAAUGUAAAGUCAUAAUAACAGAAAUGUUGAAGCGUGUAAGAACUUAGCAUUGACUGUAAACGCUCUAGUAAAUAUCCACCCAGUACAUUUUGCAUCACGCAGUGAAUUUUCUUAAUAGAUCCAGGAUCUUAGGUGCAACUAGGAUUGCGUAAACGGCAGCUCCUGAGCUCUGGUGGUUAC